GUCAAUCGCCUUGACCUGAACCAAACCAUCACCGAAUCCUCCAUUCUCAUCUAAUCUAACGAACCCCAUUUGGCAUCAGUAUAUAUAUGUGUGCUUUGUCGCCCUGAAUUCCAUCCAUCACACGCUCCCCUAGACCCUCCUCCCUCCCAUGGCUCGCCCGCUCCGGUCGAUGCACCCGGCAACGGGCGCGCCCCAGCUCGGCCUGGUCGCGAUGACCCUCCUCCUCUGUGCCUUCGCGCUGUUCAUGUGCGCCUCUCAUUCCCGGAGGCGGCGGCGGCACUGGCAAGAGUGCUAUGGCUUCUUCGAGGAGGAGCAGCCCGUCAUUGAACUCCACAACGACACGUUCAUCUUGGAGUCGCGAGCAGACCGUGAGGACAGCAUGUUUAUGGAUGCCGGAGCUAAUGAAGAAGAAGCCACCGCCUCCGCUGCCUCGGUGUGGCAGAGGAACAUUCUCAUGGGCGGUAAGUGUCAGCUACCCGACUUUUCCGGGGUGAUAAUUUACGAUGCCAACGGGAAAGUAGUCACCCCUCCGAAGGUUCCUCGCCCUCUGUUACUGACAUGGAAGUGAAGUGACAUGUAAUUUCAAUCGACGUGCUUUUAUCCUACAUUGUACCAAGCAAGUGUCUUCUGAUUCUGAAUGUAUGUUUAACUCUAUGUAAUGUUGGAGCACCAAAUGUUGGAAAUA